UAAAAACAAAAAAAAUCAGGCCAAGAUGGCGUCUGCCUGGGGCAGAAUUGAGUCUCUUCUCCAUCCCCAUCCAUUCAUGUGUGCCUGUGUGUUGUAACUAGACGAAACUCGUGCCAAUUUGGUGGGGGUGAAAUAUCCAGACUGCGGUCUUCUAUCAAUAGAAGAAGCCGCAUAAAGGAUAGCUAGAGAUCGCCGGCCGGGAAAGGAUUUAGAUACAGUGUGUGCCUUCUCCGACGUGUUUAUACAAUAGAGCAAUUGGCACCUCCCGUCUUCCACUCCCUUGUGUUGUCCUGUGCCUUCUUUCGCUGUCCGAUCUCCGUGAGUCGCAUUCCCUUCAAGGGAUCGGAAAGUGCCCAUAUUGCAUUCUACAGUGGCUUACGGUUGCGUUGAAACGCCGCCAAAAACAUGGAAUCAAGAACCAAUUCAGCUCUGUUCAAAAGGGCUGAACAACUGAGAAGGUGGGAGGAAUCAGAGACAAACAAGGAACCUGCAUCUGCUCGUGUUGUUUCAAGGAGGAUCCAGUUCUCUGAUGGAUGUGUAUUUCUCUCUGCUUGUGCUGCCGGUGACAAGGAAGAAGUCAUCAAACUCAUUCGACAAGGAGCUGACAUAGACACCCCCAACGUUGACGGUUUGACUGCUCUGCAUCAGGCCUGCAUUGAUGAUAAUUUAGACAUGGUGGAGUUUUUGGUAGAACAUGGAGCUGAUAUUAACCGUGGAGAUCAUGAAGGCUGGACUCCUCUGCAUGCCACUGCCUCUUGUGGGUUUCUAUCAAUUGCCAGGUACCUGAUUGAGCACAACUCAGACGUUGCUGCUGUGAACAAUGAUGGUGAGCUCCCCAUUGACAUAGCUGAAACAGAAGCUAUGGAAGAAUUGCUCGAACGCGAAACACAGUUACGAGGCAUUGACUGCGAUGCGGCGCGAAGCCAAGAGGAACGACAAAUGCUUGCCGACACUAGUCGGUGGCUGGAAGGCGACCCGGCCUCAGCUCGGCUGCUCCAGCCGCACCCUAGAACAGGCGCAACUCCGCUGCAUGUUGCUGCGGCUAAAGGCUACAUCCGAGUUAUGAGCAUGCUGGUCCAAGGCGGAAGCGAGCUGAACAUUCAAGACAUCGAUGGCUGGACACCAUUACAUGCGGCUGCCCAUUGGGGUCAACGUGAAGCAUGUCAACUGUUGUGCGAAAAUAUGGCUGAUAUGGAAGUUCGCAAUUACGUGGGUCAGACGUGUUUUGAUGUGGCUGAUCCUGACAUUAUCCGGUUACUUGAGGAGUGUAAAAAGCGCCAGGCUAUUAUUUUACGAGAACGGCCUGAAGUGUACAACAAUCGAGGCAAUGCUAGAAAUCAGUCACCGCCCAAAAGACGAUCUUCGGUCACCCGGACUCCACAGAUAGAGAAGGCCGCCAUCCAGGCCUCGUCCAAAAUCACCGAUAAAGUGCCUGGUGCCGUCAUCAUGGUCGACGAAGAAAAGGAGAACAGCAGCGGGGAAUUGUCUUCACCCGUGGCCCCUCUUGCCGUCCAGGAGUCCUUUGAAGAAAGAGCCAAACCUGCCACAACCCCUGCCAACACUACCACAUCCGUCCCGACUUCAACGAAAGAUAAUUCUCCUAGAGGGACUUCGUCAAGUGGACCCCCGUCACGUCCACCACCUCCACCAGCCACAGAUGUGGACGCUUUGCCGUCUUCGCCAUCACAGCAAUCGGGUCAGAUGAUUGAAUCCGAGGAGGAUAUUCCUUCUUGGAGAAGACCUGGCUCGUUCCGUUCGAGGCAAGCAGCCAAUGCAGCCAAUGGUAGCGGAGCCUUGAACCACACUCCGGCUAAAUCGGAGCGAGAAGGAUUAAACCGGUCCACCUCUCAGCCUUUAACUCCUGUGACGGCCGUCACAUCUUCCUCGUCGUCGGCCACCCCUCAGUCCUCUUCAACGACUUCGUCCAACCUCGCCUCAACCGCCUCAUCCAUCUCCUCAUCAACGUCCGCCUUGUCUACCGAUACGGAAGUGACACUACGGAGAGCUCACAGUUUCGAGUCCGAUGAACGAUUUUAUUCGCGGCUACUGGAACUGAAGCGACGGAUCAAGGCCAAUUCUUUGCCUCUGCUGGCCGCCGCCUCGCUCACUCCGAUCUUGAGCGGCAGCAGCAGCGGUGGGGAGGAUGCCAAGGGUGGAGGCUCACCUACUACCACUACUAACACUAUUCAUUCAACCAAUAACCGAAGCCGAGUCGAACAAACCCAACAAAUUGACGACGACCUUGAACAAGUCGUUCUACGGGUAAAAAGUCGGUUGGGAACGGAAUGUCCCGUCGAACAAACGACAACGGCCACGUUGGUCUUAUCGCAGCCCAGUGUGCCGUCAUCGGCCAAUCAGCCCAUACGCAGUCCGACGGCCAACAUGGUUGUGACCACGACAGCGACCUCAUCGCUCUCCAACGUCAAACUAAGUCCUGGAACGAUUAUCAAGAAUUUCUUCAAGUCAUUUGUUCCUCCAGUACGUGACGAAGAGUCAGAAACGCAGCGAAAGGCGCACGCCAAGCGCGUCCGCGAAACCCGGCGUUCCACGCAGGGCGUUACGCUGGAAGAGGUCAAAACGGCCGAACAGCUAGCCAAGAAAAAACAGGCCGAAACUCCUUCCGUACCUACGACGACGACGACGACCACCACCUCCGAAGUCCCCGAGUCGGCUGAUUCAAAAUCCGAGCUGGAACGACGGCCAUCCUGGAGAUUAUGCAUCAACGACAACAACAAGAACAAGUUCUCAUUGGAAGAUUCACGGAGUAAGAAUAAUGGAGGAGGAGGCGGUGUGAAUGCUUCGUCCACCAUCACAUCAUCAACAGCCGACACGGUCAUCACGAUCCCGCUGCGUCGCAACAAAGCCCAGGAAGAAGAAAUAAAGGAAACAACGAAAGAGAGCGCAGCAGCCGCUACCCCGGCAACGAUCCAACGGAGGCGCCGACCCAAACGGCGCUCGACGGGUGUCGUUCAGAUCGACAUGGAGGAUUUCGACCCUUCCGGCAAAGACAACACCUCUUCAUCACAGACGGGCGACAGUGAACCUCAUUCGGAUGAUUCAGAGUCGUUGUCGGAUCGAGGUAGCAGUUCACGUCAAGUCUCCCGACCGUCUUCACUCGGCUCGUCCAUCAGCGAUGUACGCGACGAUCCGCCGGCCGCCAACACUCAACCGUCGACGCCCAUCACGUCCCAGCAACAACCCACCAUGGCGGCGGCGGCAGCCGCCGUCGCUUCCGGCGCCAUGACUCCCAACGGCGACAUUGACUACAAAAAAUUAUGGGAGGAAAGCCAAGUGGAGAACGAACGGCUGCGCGAUCGAUUGCGAUCCACGCACGAAGAGCUGUCCAAAUGUAAAGAUCAGCUGGACAACGCCUUUCAAGUGAGCAACGCACGCAACGCCAUGACGGAAGCGGAGAAACGUGAACGUCGAGCCCUCGAGCGGAAGCUCUCCGAGAUGGAAGAAGAGCUCAAACAAUUGCAAAAGUUGAAGGCCGAAAAUGAGAAGCUGAAAGCGGAGAAUCGGGCCCUAACGCGUGUCGUUUCCAAAUUGACGGCCAACGCAACUCUGGCGUCCACUUCUUCCUCCUCCAACUCCUCCUCUUAUUAUUCUCCCUCCGCCAAUUCUGCAACUUCGUCUUCUUCUUCCUCUUCGUACAUCGGCGGAAAAUAGGAAUCCCAGAAGAUGGUGGAGCUGCUUCGCUCGGACAUUGGCAAAAUGCGUGACGAGAAUGGCGCUCUCAUCCGCGUCAUCAGCAAACUCUCCAAGUAAAAACAGUUUAAAAAAAAAAGGCAAAACAAGAGACGAGCGAUAUAUUUUAGAAAGAGAACCAGAAAAGAAAAAGAAAGUAAAAGAGAGAGGGUGAGAGCCAAUUCACACGUACAUUUAAAACAAGAGAAAAGAACAAACAUUAUGAUUAUUGUUAUUACGAGAGAUUCUGGAGAACAUCCAAAAUCUUCGGCUGCUCACACACCAAAACGACUCGCCGAGAGCUCAUCAGAUCCUCUCCUCGCCUCUCGCAACUAAUUUUUUUAUUUUUUUAAUUUUUUUUUUUAAUCCUAUGAGGUGAUAUUGUUGAACUCUUCCAAUGAUUUUCCCUCCUCUUCUCAUUUGCUUCCUGACUGCAUACCUUCCUCACUUCAAUGUGCAAAAGAUCACAUGGUUUCGGCUGUCGGGAGGGAGAGGUCCAUCUUUAUGAAUCGCCCGGCGCGAGGUAAAAGCGGAAAAUGAUUCGCAAAAUGUUUUGUUGUCGGGUCGCCUUUAUGGAAAUCAACCCCCCCAAAAAAAAAAAAAUAAUAAUAACUCGAUUCAAUCAUUUAAAGUAAUAUUAAAAAUUAAGUAAAAUAACAACGAUGAUAGUAAAAAUGAAUUUCUUUCGGUGAUUACAAUCAUUAGUUUUGCUGCCGCCUCCCGCCCACAGAUCUUUUCGUGAGAGAGAGAAGGGAACAUUGUGCGUGGUAAAGCAGCUUUCCUAAUCGAAACAUUUGAACAAGACGAAAAAGAAGAAAAUUAUUUAAAGAAGUAGAAAAGAGAAACGAGAGAUCGGCAUUUGAAUUUGAAAUCCUUGUUCAAAUUGAGACGAAGAAAUUGAUUUAACGGCAUGCCAAUUACAUCCAUUCUCUUUCCCUCUCUUGCUCUUCUUGAAAUGGAUCUGCUCCAUCUUCCUUUUGAUACCGACACAUUUGUAUUUAAAAAAAAAAAAAAAUUUUGCGCGACUGGUAUUAUUAAUUACUAUAUUGUCAUCCUUUUGUGUGACUUGUUUUUGAGGCUUUGUUGAUUUUGGUUUUUCGAUGGAAUGUUCCCGGAGUUUCGUUUUGGGUGGAGUAUCUUUAAGCCGGAUUGUCCAUCCCCCCCGCACUUGUUCUCAAAUGAACGCCAAACAAAAGAGGAAAAAGUAUCUUGAAAGAAAAGAAAAUGUAAUCGUAAAUUUAGAUUGGCAACGUGAGGGGUAGACAGCAGAUGCCGAGAAGUUGAUGACGUAUUUAUUCGACUCUAUUUGGCAAAAGCUAUCUACCGUGUUAAUUCUUUUUAUUUUUUUGUUUCAAUCCUAUUUCGAUUGAUAAAUUGCGGUUGGCAGAUUGGGGGCGGGGGGUGGGUGGCAUCAAGGAAUUUGCAUUUUAGUAAUUCUUUUUUUGAAAUUGGGUUGGAUUGUGUCAGCCUUGCAUUCGUAGAAAAAGGGAAAACAAUUUUUUUAAAUCCAAUUAAAAGGUGCCUUAUGGUCGCGAUCACAAUUUAUGUCAGUUUUUUUUCUUAUUGAAUUAGCUCUCCAAACCACUCAAACUGAUAAUUUUGAUUAUUUUUUUUUUUCAUUGGUUAUUUCGAGCGUGUGAAACAAUUUUUGGCGAUCGUGUUAGUCUCUCUCACUCUCUCUUCGCUUUCUUUAUCUUCCACCACAAACAACAAGCCUCAAUCUCCUCCUUUUAUGGGGAUUCCUUUCUCUUUAGAUACAAUUUUGUUUUUCUUACUCCUUUCUCGCUGCUGCCGCUUUUUUGUUUCACGUACACACUUUUGUUGUUGUUGUCUCCUGAACGUCUUCACACUACUCACUCACGCCCUCACCCCCUCAAAAAAAUAUGUCACCUCUUUGUGGUGUUGACUCUUUAAAGAAGAAGAAAGAAGCGAUUAAUUGAUGGUUCAUGAUGAUGCGAAAAAGCAAAAAGAGAAUUGCACCCGACCUUGAAACAAAAAGAGAAAAAAAUUAUGAACAAUUUUUGUUUUUCGAAACCUGAAGGAUAUUUCAAUCACAAGGUAAAAACAAAUUUUUUGAGGAAAAUCGAGUGCCGAUUUUUGUUACGUUGAUUGUACAUUUUUUUGAACCUCCUCCCUCCCAAUGGCCCCACCCCUUGCCCCCUCCCUUGCUCCUGACUUGAUGAUGAAAAAAAUCCAUGUUGUUCAACUAUUUUUCUUCUCUAGAUUCGCUUUGAAAUUGAUAAUUAAGCUUUUCUGUCCCCAAAAAACCCCCCUCACAUACAAUGAUAUAAUCUUUACAUUUUUUUUCCCCUUUUGUUUGCCACCCAAUUUUUUUUUUACUGUUUCUCUAUCUCUUUCUAUUUCUCCAGUUGUGUCCUAGUCGCGUUGAUUCUCUCGCCAGUUUCUACCGAUUCGUUGAAUUAUAAUCCAAUUAAUGACGAACUUUUUUUUUCUUUAUCUUAUAUUCUCAUACCUGCCCCCCAUCUCCCCAUCUCCCCAAUUCCCUUCCCUCAAUUUGCCUCGUGACAUUUUCUUUUUUGUAUUUGUUCGUGUAUUAUUCAUUAGCUUCCAUAUUAUGAUUAGAUAAGAGAGGCCAUUUGAUUAAACAAUAAGUCUUUUUUUUUUUUCCUUUUAAAUUAUCUAGUGCCCUUUCCCUUACGCUCCAAGAAUAUUCUUUCCCUCCCAUAACCUAAUCAAAUAACUAUCCCUGCCCUUUAAUUAUUUUUUUUCUUCUUUUGUUGGAAAUUUUCUUUUGUCUUAUUGGGGAGAACGUCACAACAGAAGAAAUCGACGGGAAAAAGUAGUUAUCAAAAGAUAACCGAAUCGAUUCGGAUUUCUCCUCGUCAAUGAGUAAGAUUUUUGGACUCCUCCCUACAGUUUCUCUUCUCCCUGCUCCUUAAUGAUUUUGUCGACGUUGUUAUAAUUUUAAAAUUUGUCAUCACAUUAUAUACACACCGCCUCCUCCCGAAGAAGAAGAAGAAGAAAAAACAAAGAAACAAAAAGAAUGAAAAUCAAGCAAAUAAGAAAAAAAAAAUAAUAAUAAAGCCAUGAUAUUUGAAAUGAUUUCAAACAAACAAAAACCUAAAAAAAAAAAAAAAACGAGGAUAAAAAAAAAAAAUACGAAGUUUGAAAAUACAACUGGAAUGUUCAGUUAAAUGUUUUAUGCUGUUUUGAAAUGAACGUUUUACUCAGAAA